AUGACGUAUCGUAGCAUCACCCUAGAGGAGAGGUCAUCUAUAUAUCAUGAGCACUAUUGCCGCCUUGACCCACAUGACGAUGUCCGAGGAGACUGUUAUGCGUCUGUCGUGGAGCUGACGGGGCGGCGCAACUCAUUGGUCCAGAAGUUUCUCCACCCGCGAACUUCAGUGAGGUGGCGCACCACUUCAGGAGGUGUUUGGCCAGGCGGCCAGACUCGAGACUCCCCGGCUCUGACCCAGGAGAAUCUCAACGACCCAGACUUCAUCAGACUCUGGUUCCAGAUCAAACUGAAACCCCUGCUUCCCUCCGUCCCCCCCAGCCUUCUCUCCUGCCUCAGCACCAAGAACUUCACCUGCCCCGUCUACCAAGCCCUUGUGGAGGAGCUGAGUGAACAAAUGAAGCUGAUGGACCCGGAGGACGAGCAGAUGUAUGAAAUGCACGGUCACGUGAUCUACAAACAGUUCCUGUUGCCCUUCCUGUUGAAUCACAACUCCUCAGACCCACAGUGCAUCUCUUCAGCCAGUAGCAGUGCAGACUGGCUGAUCAAGAACUUUGGUUCAUUCUCUGCAUUCGCUCCUCUGAGGGAUUUCUAUGAUCUAAAUAGUAAUUUCUCUGCUUUGUCAGCCCUGGAGGUUCUCUCUCCAAAGCAGACAGCAGAGCUGMUGGUGURGCCUCUUCCUGGUCUUCCAGGGAAAGAUGUCAUCAUCAACACAGUGUUUGACUUCCUGUCUAAGUCACCAAAGGAGAGGAGACUCCCUGAGUUCCUGUACCACCUUUCCAGGCUGUCUGUGGUGACUCCAGUCGGCUGCUCGGUCUACCAGACCAUUUUUGUGAGGCUGUACCAAGCCAUGUCAGCGUUGCCUCAAGAGAUGGAGCCAAUCAUCUGGGKCAGUGUUUAUGACCUCACAGAAUCUGCACCAAUGGAUUGUGCUCUGGUACCAGUUAACCAACAGUGUCCAGUGUCAUCACACAAUGCAACAAGAGUUUGUGCCGCAGUUGACAGUUUAUCUCUACAACAGCUCUGGGACUCUGGGAUCUCAACGGGACGUCUAUGUGACUUCAGCAUCAAACAAUACGCCUGCUCACAGCUGAAAGACCUCACAGCUGAGAACCUGGUCACACUGCUGAAAUGUAAACUAUCAGAGAAAAACACAGACUCAAAGAGACCUGGAAGCUGUUCUCACUAAAGCUUCUGCAGUUCUGGAUCAGGCUCUUGUACUUCUCUCCAACCACUGCCGUCUGCAUCAGGAGGGUUUCUGCACUGCCUCAGCACCAAGAACCUCAGCUGUGACUC